AUGCUUUUCGAAGAAUUUUUAGAAUUUAGUAAAGUCUGCCACCUCACGAGCUCCUCGCCGCCCCCGAACGCUGCGUGUGCCAUCCUUACAAGCCCUGCUCAGAACCCUGCGCCUGCCAUUCUCAUAAGCUCUGCGCCGGACGCUGCAUCUGCCAUCUUCACGAGUCCUACUAUAGAUGCUGCGUCUGCCAUCCUCACGAGCUACACGAACGACGCUGCGUCUGCCGUCCCCACUAGCCCUGCUACAGAUGCUGCAUCUGCCACCCUCACAGGCUCAGCGCUCAACGCUGUAUAUGCCGUCCUCAAGAGCCCUACUACAGAUGCUGCAUCUGCCAUCCACACGAGCUCCGCACCUGAUGCUGCGUCAGCCGUCCUCAAGAACCCAGCUACAGAUGCUGCGUCCGCCGUUCUCACCAGCCUUGCCACAGAUGCUGCAUCUGCCACCCUCAUAGUCUCCGCGCCCAAUGCUGUGUCUGCCGUCCUCACGAGCCCUACUACAGAUGCUGCGUCUGCCAUCCUAACGAGCUCCGCGUCCGACGGUGCGUCUACCGUCCUCACAAGCCCUGCUACAGAUGCUGCGUCAGCCAUCUUCACGAGAUCCAUGCCCAGCACAUCUUUUGUGACUGAACUCAACAACAAUGUUUCACCUACAAUGGAAUUGUCCAAUGAAGUAUCAAGUAUUCCAAACUCCGCGCCAAACUUCGUUCGAUCUUAUGUUUCCCAACAACCGUUGGACGUUCUUCCAGGUACAUCUUUGGGAACCGACGCUAACAACAAUAAACCAUCCUCAUUUAGAAUCACCCGUCCAGCAAAGAAACAUUUAGAUUAUAUGUCAGACGAUGAGAUAGCUUUGUUAAAUUCCUUUGGCGAUGCAGGAAGCUCAGAUGAGUGGGAGCCGGAAAAAAAUGGAAAGAAAAGGAAGCAAAUAACUGUUAACGUCGAAGAAGAGUUUAUUCGUAAUAAUGCGACGGAAAAGGUUCCUAAAAAUAGGAGGAAAUAG